UUGUGUGCACUGUAAGACGGUUGGUACAAAUACACAUCACGAACGUGUUAUUGCAUAUUUAAUUUACUUGUUGUUUUGUGAAUAUGUUUCAUGGAAAAGCCACACCUGAUUUUGUUGUAAUUAAAGAUAUAAAUUAGAAACAAUGAAAAUAACAUGCUAAUUUUGUAAUUUCUUCGCAAAAGUAAUACCAGAGAGAUAUUUUUUGAUUAAAGAUGUAAAUUAGAAGCAUUGGACAUAACAUGCAUUUGGUACUGGCCUUUGGAUUCCAACAGGUACUGUGUCAUGGAUAAGUUACAUCAUAUUGAGCAACUUGACCUUGACCUCCUUGACAAUAGGUGUUUGAAGUGUGAAAAUGGCUAGUCACCCUUUUAAAAGCAUGUUCAGGAAUAUGGGUUUGCUGAAGAAAUAUGUCAGAAUAAAUGCAAGUGCAAGUACAUUUUGCAGUGACAGCAUAAAUGUCCAAAUCAGUGGACAGAUUUCUGCAGAGGAGCUCACUAUAGCAGAAGUGCAAGAACGGCUGAUCAAUUGUAUGGGCAUAGACAGAGGUUACAAACCACUUCAGAGUUCCAGAAGUCAUCUGUUGUCAUUAUUGCCAACUUCCCAAGCAGAUCUGCCACCUCGUAAAAUGAGCGACAGCUUUGCAAGUGUCAUCAUUCCUUUGAAAGAUGAUGUUUUGCUUCAAGAGAAAUAUGUUGCUUCUGAAGGUUAUGUAAGACUGGGCAGGUUGCUAGAAGAUAUGGACAUAUUUGCAGUAUGGAUAGCACAGAAACAUAUACAAAAUCCAAAGCAGAAGCCUGAAGACAAUACACCCUAUGUAAUUGUCACAGUUCUUGUGGAUCAAAUUUCUUUUACAUCCUAUAAAGCUCAGCAUGAUGCUAAUAUUCGUCUCAGUGGUCAUGUGUCCUGGGUUGGUAGUUCUUCUAUGGAGAUAGUUGUGUGGCUGGAGCAAUUUGCCCAUGGUCAUUGGGAGAAAAUGACAAGGGCUCUCUUCUUGAUGGCUGCUCGCAAUUCUACAAAUGACAGUCCAGCUCUUGUUAAUUCUCUGGUCCCAGAAAAUGAGAAGGAGAAAGAGAUUUUGAUGGGUGGAGAGAGCAGGAAGAAACGUCGAAUUCAGUUCCAACAGCAAUCACUGCUAAAAGUUGUGCCAAAUACAGAAGAACAAAAAGUUAUUCAUAAUACAUUUUUACAGACUGUAGAUGUAAGAGAUCCGACUAUUCACAAACGUGUGUUGCCACCUAAUAGUAUGUGGAUGGAUGAAGUAUCAUACAGCAGUAUAAUCUUUGGCCAACCUGAGCAUCGAAAUCUUCACAACAAAAUAUUUGGUGGCUUUUUGAUGAGGAAUGCAUUGGAGCUGUCAUUGUUGGCUGGUAAUUUAUACAGUAAAUACCACCCUGAGCUCCUCCAUAUCAGUGACAUCAGCUUCCGGAAGCCUGUCAAUGUUGGAUCAUUUAUCAAUAUGCAUGCACAUGUGGUGUAUACUGAGCAGAACUUCAUACAGAUCACAGUAUUUGCAGAUGUUAUUGACCCUGUCAGCAGUCAAACUGUGACAACCAAUUCCUUCCAGUUUACUUACAAAACUCCUGCAGAUGUUGUGAGAAUCAUACCACGAUCAUAUAGUGAUGCUAUGUUGUACAUUGAUGGAAGGCGUAAUUUCCAGCAUGUCAUGGGUUUGGGAUAGAUAGUAUAGCCUUAAUUUUAUCUUUAGAA